AUGGUCCAGGACACCAAGCCGGGGGCAGCGCGAAGCCUUAAGGAGGUGUCGAUUCCUGUCGCGGCAGCGAGCAAGCUUGGGAAGUCAAAGACCGCAGUCUCUCCUACCGACAGUACGAUGUCCUCGAAGGCUAGCAGUCUGCGGGACACCUCUGCUGAGUACGAGACGCCGGGCACCACACCUGCCACAUCUACGAGAGGGACGUCGAGCAAGAAGCGGAAGAGCAGUGCUCUCAGUAGGCAGAUGAUCAAGGUCGAGGACACGGACGACGAGAUAGAUGAUGAUGAGGUACUGGCGAUGAGGCUGCAACAGGAGGAGUACGAACGAGUGGGACCUCCGAACAAGCGCGUGAAGAUGGCGAAGUGGUCUAUUGACGAUUCCGACGUUGACGAGAGCGGGCUUAGUGAGCCUGAGUCUCUGGAUUCUAUGGAUCUCAAAUCAGUCCCCAAAGCAGGCGCGAAGCGCAAAGGCAAGGAAGCAGCAGGGAACAUCACAGCUUCUGGUUCAAGCCGGCGCACCAGCACGAAGUUACAGCCCACCAAGCAGAAGAUCAAGAUCGAGGACAGUGAUUCCGACCAGGAGGUGCUCAGCGAGCUGAACAGCGAUGAAGUCUCCCUCUUCGAUACCUCUGAAGGAUUUUCGACCGGUGUUAGUGACGCCGAGUCGGAAGCCACUCAGACAUCGACAACCUUGCCUUCCGCAUCUCGCGGCGCGCUGACCGGUAGAAGCGGACGGCGUCACGGGAGCCAGACAGCAGCCCAAGUUCGCGAGAAUGGCCGGCGCAUCGCCAGGAUCGUCGCCAGUGCUCACAUGACCCGGAAGGACAGAGAGCGUAAGAAGCUCGAGAAGGCUCAUCCUGGGAUCACGACAAUGUGGAAGCAGCUCGAGUCUGAAGCGGUGAUUACACCAGUUGCUGCGCAGCAGCCCCAAUCCAUCAAUCGCAAGCUCAAGCCAUUCCAGCUCGAAGGAUUGGACUGGAUGGUGAGGCAGGAGAAGACCAAGUACAAGGGAGGUCUGCUCGGCGACGAGAUGGGCAUGGGUAAGACAAUCCAAGCGGUCUCGCUCAUCAUGUCCGACUACCCGCAGAAGCAGCCGACUCUGGUCGUCGUGCCACCGGUUGCACUCAUGCAGUGGUCCUCCGAAAUUUCAGAGUACACCGACGGCAAGCUGAAGGUGCUGGUCUACCACGGUCAGAACAACAAGGUCAAGAACAUGAAGCUCAAGGAGCUGAAGCAGUUCGACGUCAUCAUGAUCUCCUACAACAGCUUGGAGUCGCUGCACCGCAAGGAGACCAAGGGCUGGAGCCGCGGCGAGGAUCUCGUCAAGGAAGACUCGCCAAUCCACGCCAUCCACUUCCAUCGCCUGAUUCUGGACGAAGCACACAGCAUCAAGUCGCGCACGACUGGCGUGGCCAAGGCUUGCUUCGCGCUCACCGGCACGUACAAGUGGUGCUUGUCCGGCACGCCUGUGCAGAACCGCAUCGGAGAGUUCUUCUCGCUGCUUCGCUUCCUCGAAGUGCGUCCGUUCGCCGACUACUUCUGCAAGAGGUGUCCCUGCUCCCUCCUUCACUGGCAGCUUGAUGAAGACCACAUGUGCAAGGAGUGCAAGCACACCGGCAUGGAGCACGUGUCGGUGUUCAACCAGGAGCUGCUCAAUCCUCUCACCCAGUCCGAGGAGGCGGCCGAUCGCUCCGCGGCUAUGGACAAACUGCAUCUCAUAACGGCUCGUAUUAUGCUUCGGCGCGUGAAGAGAGACUACGUCAGUUCCAUGGAGCUUCCGCCCAAGGAGGUCAUUGUGCACAACGAGUUCUUCGGUGAGAUCGAGCGUGACUUCUCCUCGAGCAUCAUGUCGAACACUGGUCGCCAAUUCGAUACCUACGUGGCCCGGGGUGUUAUGCUGAACAAUUAUGCGAAUAUCUUCGGACUUAUCAUGCAAAUGAGACAGGGCAAGUUGCUGCGCAAGGCGUUCUCCCACUCCCAAUCAACCGCCAGCCGAAUUGCCAACCACCCCGACUUACUGUUGAAGAAGCAUGCAGGGGAGGGGCAGAACGUGCUGGUCUGCAACAUCUGCGACGAGGUGGCUGAGGAGGCCAUCCGCUCCCAGUGUAAGCACGACUUCUGUCGCUCAUGUGUGAAGAGCUACAUGCAGUCUGUGGAGGAGACCGGCGGAGAUGCCGAUUGUCCACGCUGCCACAUUCCACUCGCGAUCGACCUCGACCAGCCCGAGCAUGAGCAGGACGAGGAGAACGUGAAGAAGAGCUCCAUUAUCAACAGGAUCAAGAUGGAAGACUGGACCAGCUCGACGAAGAUCGAGAUGCUGAUCUACGAUCUUUACAAGCUGCGAAGUAAGAAGCAGACGCUCAAGUCGAUCGUGUUUUCGCAGUUCACAAGCAUGCUGCAGCUAAUCGAAUGGCGGUUGCGCCGCGCCGGGUUCAACACUGUCAUGCUCGAUGGAUCUAUGACGCCUAUCCAGCGUGCAAAGAGUAUCGAGUACUUCAUGACGAACCCAGACGUCGAAGUCUUUCUGGUCUCCCUCAAGGCCGGCGGUGUCGCGCUCAACUUGACCGAAGCAUCCCGCGUCUUCAUCGUCGACCCCUGGUGGAACCCGGCCGCAGAGUGGCAGUCCGCUGACCGCUGUCAUCGCAUCGGCCAGAAGCGUCCUUGCGUCAUCACGCGCUUGUGCAUCGAGGAUUCCGUGGAGUCGAGGAUGGUCAUGCUCCAGGAGAAGAAGGCGAACAUGAUUAACGGCACGAUUAACAAUGACAAGACGUCGAUGGAGAAGCUCACGCCGGAGGAUAUGCAGUUCUUGUUCCGCGGGACUUGA